UGCCAAUCCAGAGGCAACCACAAUAUUCCAGAGGAACUCUCAAACAGAUGUUGUAGAAAUAAGAAGAAGCAAUUGUACAAACCAUGUAUCUACUGUGCGUUUCAGUCAACAAUACAGCUCAUGUUCGACAAUAUUCCUUGGUGACAGCACAGCCAGCCAGCCUUAUCUUAACAAUGACAAUAAUAUCAGUGACUUUGGAGAUACAUCAUGAUAUCACGCAAAGACAUGCAGAUGGAUCUUUGAGCAUAUUUGAUGAACAGUUAUACUCAUUUAUGGUUUCCACCAUGCAAAUUACCCAGACAAGAAAUGGAGGUGGGAGUUUUAGUAACGAUUCCUUCUCCAUUCCAUCGACUCCCAGCACCAGCCAGGAGGACCUUCAGGUCAAUGUUCCUCCCACUGCUGACACACCCACGCCCGUUCACAAUCGAUCCAAGCGCUGGUCCAAGCUGUUUACAUCUGAGAAAGGAAGUGAUCCAGACAAAGAGAACAAAGCCCGGGAGAGCCAUGCUGACACCAUCGGGAGCGGCAGAGCCAUCCCCAUUAAACAGGGCAUGCUCUUAAAGCUAAGUGGGAAAUGGCUGAAGAAACGGAAAAAGAAAUAUUGCACCCUCUGUGACAAUGGCAUGCUCACCUAUUAUUCAAGCUUAGGUGAUUAUAUGAAGAAUAUUCACAAAAAAGAGAUUGACCUUCGAACAUCUACCAUCAAAGUCCCAGGAAAGAGGCCACCCCUAGCCACACUGGCCUGUGCACCCAUUUCCAGCUCUAAAGGCAAUGGCCUAUUCAAGGACAUGAACAGUCUAUGUACCUCAGCCAAUUCAGACACCAGGCUUGGUGACUCCAUAUGCUCCAGCCCCAAUAUCUCCAGCACCACCAGCCCCAAGCUCAACCCACCCCCCUCUUCUCAUGCCAACAAAAAGAAACACCAAAGGAAGAAAUGCACCAACAACUUAAAAGACAAUGGCCUGUCUGGCACUGCUGAAAAACAAGCAGAAAACUUUAUCAUUGUGUCCCUCACUGGCCAAACGUGGCACUUUGAAGCCACGUCAUAUGAGGAGCGGGAUGCUUGGGUCCAAGCAAUGGAGAGCCAGAUCGUGGCCAGCCUGCAGUCAUGCUAGAACAGCAAAAGCAAGUUCCGGCUACUUUAGACUAGCACAAGAUUGUUUACUAAUAAUCUUGAUCCUUAGCUACAUUUCUCUGCAAUAAAUUUGCUAUGAUGCCAUGAUGGGGAUCAGCAAGCUACGUUUUCCAAGUUCCUUCUAGUGGGAUCCUGCUAGGUUCUGCUAUUGGGAGGUACUAGAGAAACAUAGAAAGGCAAGAGAAUGGAAGAAUAGAUCUCCUUUUCCUGUUUAUUUGCUGUCCUUGCCGAUGUUCUCCCAAGAACAUCUCCUUGUCGUAGGAGCAGUAAUUGUUUCGCUUUACCAGUUUCUUCAGAGCCCCAGAAAGUGCCUCUUCAGAGGUAACAGCAGCAGUUGGAACAUAUCUCUCCCUCAGAGAUCUAGUCUCAGCCCAGGAAGGCUUUUACUCUGAGUUUUAAUUGUAAUAACUCCAAUCUCUUCCGUUCAUUCAUCUAAGCUUCUGAGGAGGCCCCUAUGUGGCCAGGAGAUGGUGGUGAUGGCUGCAUCUUGCAGUCAUUUUCUUUGCUUUCUACAGUGUUGUUACUUGUUUCUCCUAUUUCCUAUGUACUUUAUGUGAAAUGACAUGUUUUUUAUAAUGUAGCCAUGGCCUACCAAUAGCAUAUUUUCUUUUAGAUUUGGUAAUAUAUAUUUUGCUUCAGUGACUUUAUAUCAUUAUUUGUUGCCCACAUUACUUUUUCAUAUACAAAACAUCCAAUAUUACCCGGUCCCAUCAUUUCUUCUGAUAUCCAUUGUCCUGUGAUUUGUCCUGGAAAGUGAAUUGUUUAUCCAUCCAUUUCACUCUGUGAAGUUAUACAGGUCUAUCUAUGUAGAACUCCUGUGCUCCAAUUUAUUCCCUGUGUGAAACUGGGCAAUUCAUUAAUCUGGGAAUAUAUGUCUUCAUAUGCAAAUCAGAGGUAACACUUACCUCACAACAUUGUUUAGAGCAUUAAAAGAAAUAUAAUAUGAUAUGUUUCACACAGAAUUUCCCUGGGUGUGAAUUGAACAAUGUCAGUUUUUCUCCCAUUUAAUGUGAAAACUGACUAUAUAAAUAAACA